UCACGUCUUUAACCACAUUUGUGACUGAUUGGACGAGGCCUCUUAGUUUAUUUGCAUUCUAAACAACUGCAACCUUAUGUUUACUAUUUCUUAACUUAUUGGCUCUUUCAGAAAAUCCCUUUAGUAAUUAUUAACCGGUGCUGACCUGAAUCAGGCUCUUCACUCAGCUCCGUUAUUGUGAUUCAAUUCCUGACAGGAUGAGAUAUCUUGGGUUUGCUCUGCUGGUUUGUUUUCCUGGAGCGCUGCACGCUCAGAGUGCAGCUCAGCCUUGUCGUGCUCCCACACUGGCUGGAGGUUAUUUUGUCCCUCGACAAGAAAUGUUUUCUCAUAAAACCAAGCUGACUUAUGCCUGUGACACUGGACGUCAACCGGUUGUGGAGGGGUGGUGGGUGACCAGCACAUGUGAUAAUGGAAUAUGGUCUCAUCUACCACAAUGUAUAGAUGAAAAUGCUUGUAUCCCACCAACCAUACCCAAUGGCAAAUACACUGAAAGCUCAGAUGGUUGGUAUGAGAACGGAGACAUCAUAAGGAUCACAUGUGACAAAGGAUAUGAACACAAAGACAACGACGCUACAGGCAUAUGUACAAAUGGAAACUGGUCCUCUUUGCCCAUCUGUGAGAGAAGUAUGGAUGCCUGCAGUGAGCCCCCCAAAGUCCCCCAUGCUGUGAUCAUUGAUUUGGGAUAUCAGAAGCUGUUCGCUGGAGAUUCAAAAGUGCGGUACGAAUGUAAAGAUGGAUAUACUAUAGAGGGAGGGCACACUAAGAAAUCCAUAUACUGCCUAAGUGGAAACUGGAGUGAAGGCCCCGUCUGCAGCAAAGGAAGAGUACCAGGUACUGAUCAUGGAGGCUCUGCAGCGGGUGGAACAAGUGGAGGGCACACUUCAUCUGCUGGCAGAGGACCUUCUACCAACUCUGGAACAGCUGAAGGGGGGAUUCAAUUUGCACCAAGUAAAGUUGAUCCAUCUCUC